CCGACUUAGAACAACAUCAAGUCUGAAAGAUGAGUCGUAACGCCACCCCAUCAUCCAGUCGACACGUCGCACGGACGUCGGAAGCUGGUCCGUCAAAAACGCCAGGGGUCAGCCUGGCCAGACAGGUCGUGCUCGACGAAGAUGAAUAUACGGCCUCUCUAUCUCAUAUCAUUAAACGAGACUUCUUCCCCACACUCCCCCGGCUCGCAGCGACCAACGCUUACCUAUCAGCUCUUGAAUCCCAAGACUCCCAAGCGCUCGCCUCGUCCAUCCGACACCUCUCCUCUCUCAGCUCGGAUGCUGCAGGAUCGAGUACGCCCAGGGUGGAAAGGGAGAGACGGCGCAGGGAAGCCGAGUUGGCGGAAUAUAACGGGACGCCGUACAUCUCCCGGACGCCGUUUGGAGGAGCGGAUCUAGAGACCCCUUUACCUGGGUAUAGACAGAGGGAACAGGAUGAGAGGGAUGAACAGGAGAUUAAACGUAGAAAGAUCGAUACGUCACGUGGAUUAGAUGACUUUCAACACGUCUACACCUCCGAGGAUAACGCCUCCUUCCUAGAGAUCCUCACCGAAGACAACGCUCGUAGAAAAGAAAAGUACGCCUGGGCCUUUGAGGCGGAGACGAAAGCCAAAGCCAACAGACUGAGGUUGGAACAAGAUCGAAGGAGGCUCUUGAUCGAACAUGGGGGUUAUAUCCCUACGGACGAUGGGCUCUUGAGGUUGACGUUGGGGGAAGAGGCCAAGGAGGCGGUCAAGAAGAGCAAGAAGGAGCUGGUACAAGGUCCGGAUGGGAAGGUGCUCAUGAUAGAGUCGAGCUCGAAAUCGCCAGCGGAUGAUGGGUCGAAGAAGGAGAAAACGGGUCUGAUAGAAGAAGGAUCUGGCAAGCAAACGUUGAUUAAGGUGGACAAGGGCAAAGGACGAGCUCAAGAGGAUGUCGACGACGAGGAAGAGGUCAUGGCGCUCGUCUUGAGCGGCGACAACGACGACACCGCCAGGUCAGCCGAUUCCAUGGCAUUGAUUCGUCCAGCCCCUUCCUUGAACGCACCGGACAUCUCGGAUCAGCAACUAGUCAUUCCCAACGCCCUCCCCUCCGCUCAAAUACUGCAGAGUAAUUCACCUCAAGACAAGGACACCCUCACCGAACUCCCGCUCCCUGCCGACUCGCACCUCGCCCGUGCGCUCAACGAAGCAGGUCUCCCUGAGACGGCGAUGAUGAAUCAGGACGGGCAGUUAGUGCCCGCUCGAGAUCUCGCUAAUGGAUCAGGGGAUGGUCUAGGUAGAGGAGAGCUGGAGAGAAAGGAGAGGGAGUUGAUCGAGAAGGCUGUCAUGGCGGACGAGAAGGAUUCGAGGGAGAGGACGGUACCUACGUGGGCCUAUAGGACGAGGAACGCCUUCAUGUUCGGUCCCGACGCCGACGUGGACCCGCUGAAACGGCCACCGAACGCUAGUAGCGUAUCUGAGCUCCGCCAGAACCCCCCGGAGAUUUCCCAUGACAAUACUAGGAUGAGAGAUGAAGAUGAUCUCGAACCGUCCAGAAACAGUGGCAGGAGCAGCGCGAGGGCUUCGAGUCCAACGAGGAGCCGAGUCGCCGCCGCUAUCGGUGGGACGCCAUAUCAUCCUAGUUCCAGCAUGCCGACGUUCAACGACUACGCCCUCGUUCCUACGGCACCAUCUCCCUCGCCAGAACAACUCGGACCUCAGGCUGUCUCCCAGCUGAUGACGUGGGGUUCACUGAUGAGCACACCUCGCGCUCUAGAAGAAUCUGGAGACCCCCUGGACUCUGCUGCGGUGGGCUUCAAGAUCAACGAACCCAAGCGCCGGGAUGAUAUCGGAAGACGAUUGGCCAAGGACGCGUCCCGAGCGAUGAGAGAGCGAGCAAAGGGUUACGGUACCGCUCCCAGAGGCCUGGCCAUCCUCUCUGGACCAGAACGCAAGAUGGGAGAUAUGGGACCGCCUGCUAGCCGCGGAUCCAUCUUUGAAAAGGAAGGGAGUGCCACACCUAGACGGAAUGCUGAUACUCUCACGCCUGCGGGAAGGACCUUGUUGGAGAGGAGCAUGGGGACGCCGAUUUCCAGCUCGCGGCGAGGCAGUUCGAAUCCGUUCGCCGGAGGGGCUGGAGGGGCUGCUCGUGGUCGAGCCGAGGCUAUGGAGAGGACGGGAGGAUGGUCAAAUUUGGGAACGGCCAAGCGGAAAGAGCCCGCCACGCGGUCGUGGACGCCCUCACCUGCCGUGCGGCGAAAUGGGAAAUAAGACUAGCCUGACCUGUGGCUUGAAGAGACCAAAGCUGAACUGUAUCCAACGAUCGUUUCGAC